UAUUUUUUCUUUUUUCUUUGGUACCAAUAAUUACUUUGAGAACGGAAACAAGGAGACUUCAUUAAACCAAGGCAUUAUAGGCAUAGUUCUUCUUGAUCCAUUUGAUGCUCCCAAAGCCUCUUCUCUCUCUCGCUCUCUCCGUGCAACGAAACCCAGAUUUGUGUAGUUGGUGAGUGAGGAGAGAAAGGGUUCCUUGUGAAGAUGGCCGAUGCGGCAGGGUUUAUAGAGGCUGCAGGAUCAAGAUUUGGUUCGUUGGAGUUGAUUGGGAGAGGAUCAUUUGGCGACGUCUAUAAAGGGUUUGAUAAGGAGCUAAACAGAGAAGUAGCUAUUAAAGUAAUUGAUUUGGAAGAGUCAGAGGAUGAAAUUGAAGACAUUCAGAAGGAAAUUUCUGUUCUGUCACAAUGUCGAUCUCCAUAUAUUACUGAGUACUAUGGUUCCUAUCUCCACCAAACUAAACUAUGGAUCAUAAUGGAAUAUAUGGCCGGUGGCUCUGUUGCUGACCUACUCCAGUCAGGUCCUCCGCUGGAUGAAAUGUCAAUUGGUUGCAUAUUGCGUGACUUGCUGCAUGCAAUUGAAUAUCUGCACAAUGAAGGAAAGAUCCAUAGAGAUAUUAAAGCGGCAAACAUUUUAUUGACCGAGAAUGGUGAUGUUAAGGUUGCAGAUUUUGGUGUUUCUGCACAAUUAACAAGGACUAUAUCAAGAAGAAAGACAUUUGUAGGAACGCCUUUCUGGAUGGCACCAGAAGUUAUUCAGAAUUCAGACGGCUACAAUGAGAAGGCAGAUAUCUGGUCUCUGGGGAUAACUGCAAUUGAAAUGGCCAAAGGGGAACCUCCACUCGCAGAUCUUCACCCUAUGAGAGUGCUUUUUAUCAUACCUCGAGAAAAUCCACCACAGCUGGAUGAGCACUUUUCCCGUUUUAUGAAAGAAUUUGUUUCAUUGUGUUUAAAGAAAGUACCUGCAGAGAGGCCAAGUGCCAAGGAACUUCUCAAACACCGUUUCAUUAGGAAUGCUAGGAAGAGUCCAAGACUUCUGGAGAGAAUAAGAGAGCGUCCAAAAUACCAAAUAAGGGAAGAAGACGAAGACAUUCCAAGGAAUGGUCAUAAAGCUAUAUCGGAGGCAUCUGAUACUGUUAAGGUGAGAAGAGAUCCAAGAGGAGAAGAAACGGUUCGAGCCAGUGGUCAAGGGAAACCCCUGAAAAAUGCUGGAUGGGACUUCAGCAUUAGUGGAUCACAGAGUACAGGGACUGUUCGGAGUGUUGUAAGACCGCCUCCAGUAAGAGAAAGGAGACCAGAAAAUUUAUACAAUCAUGCUGCCCAAAGAAGAACACUCGAGAGUGGUAAUCAAUGGUUACCUACAUCCGGAAAUGCAAAUCAUGCAUUGCCAGAGGUUUACUCUGGGAAAAAUGCUAGAGAAGCAUACCACAAUGAACAUCAGGAUAAUUUCCAUGAUGAUGAUGAAUUAUCUGAAAGUGGGUCGGGAACUGUUGUUAUACGAUCGCCGAGGGGAUCUCAGUCAUCUCCAUUUCGUGAUCAAAGCAUGCUAUCUAGCAGCACAUACACAUCUUUUGAAGAUUCAUCUACCAGUGGAACUGUAGUUUUCCGUGGCCAACAUGAUGAUUCUGAUUCUCCUCGGACUCCAAAAUCCAGAUUGGGAAUUCAAGAGAGAACUUAUACUGCCUCACUUGAAGACAGUGCAACAAACCUUGCGGAGGCAAAGGCUGCACUUCAAGGAGGGUUGAAGAGAGGAAAUGCAAGAGAAAGAUCUGCAGUGGGAAAGAUCAACAAUGAAUGGCAGGAAAAUAUUAGAGAGCAGAUGACAAGCAGCUCAGAUUCUUCCAGACAUUCUCGUGAAUACUUUGAUGCACAAAAAGGAUUUUCAAGAUCACAGCAUGCAAGUGAUGAUGAAGAAAGUUUAAAAAUAGCAUCAUCAUCUGUGCCAUUGUCGGUUUUGCUUAUUCCUUCACUUAAAGAGGUCAUUGCUGAAGAUCCAGAAGGUUCGGUUGUGCGUGCUGUUGCAAAUUCACUCAUGAAUAUGGAACGCAAGAAGCCUGGAUCUUGUGAAGGUCUUGUAAAGAGUUUGCUUCAGCAAUUGGCAAGUUCAAAGGAUUCUUCACUGAAAGACCUACAGGAGCUCGCUGCUCGCUUGUUCACCAAGGGCAAGACAAUGCCUGAAGAAAUGCAAAAUGCAAAUUCAGAAACAGAUAACAAGAAAAAGCAACCGAACAAGGAACUUAAUUCAAAUUCCAAUUUAAGCCCACUUGCAAGAUUUCUGCUCUCAAGAUGGCAAGGCCAAGUUUCACGGGAUCUCAAUCCAUCUUAAUUGAAGAUGUUUGUCCAUGAUUGCACAUCUUUUUUUUUUUUUUUUUUGGUAGUGUGUUUCUUGUUUAUGCAUUUAUUCUGAUUCGAUGUACAUAUCAUCAUUGUAAGAAACUGUGUCUUUAUUAAAUUUAUAUGAUUAUUUUUCGUUAUUCACAUUUUUGUUUUGUAGUGGCAGCAUUGCUAUAAUUAGGGGUUUGCUACUAUUACAUUAAAAUUGUAAUGUUAUCACCGAUAAUUGUAUUUAUUGAAUAAUUUUCAGUCUGGUUUGCGGUGAAUGAAUGACCAAACAUUUUGAUAAUGACUUAUCU